AUGGCAAGAGGCUCGAAGGCCAUCCGCAAAGAUCCGGCCUGUGGAACGUGCCGCAAGAAAUGUCGCAAGUGUGACCGCUCUCGGCCCAUCUGCAACAGGUGCAAGGCCAAGGGACUCCAUUGCGAGGGCUAUCCGCCAAGAUUCCAGUUCUGCGAGCUUGCGACGCCAGUAGCAGAGGGUGGUACCAACGCAGACACGGCCCCGGCCCCGGCCCCAGCCCCGUUUACCGCCCCGGUUCCGCCCCCAGUUUCGAGUCCCGGUGACCGGAUCAGCGCCAUAGCCAGCCCUAGGGAACCAAGAUUGGACGCCUUGCACAGUACCGAGCCCGUUGCCCGGCGGAGCCCUCCGCUCCCGCUUUGGCAAACUGAUUUCUCUCCAUUGGCACAGGAUGCCCAUACCGAAGGCGCUUCGCCGCCCGAUGCUCAUCUGCUCGAUGACAUGCUCCUGAGUAGUGAUACUCAGGAGCUACUCAGGUACUUUGAUGAAGAACUGACUCCCGGUUUAACCAUCGUUGUUGAUGGUACCGAGAACCUCUUCCGUCGCUAUCUCCUACCGCUUGUGUACCAGCAUGUGGGCGUCCUGCAUGCGGUGCUCGGCCUGGUCGCGUGCCACCUGCGGUCCUCCAAGCGAGAUAUGAGAAAGGCAACCGAGGCUGAUGCACUGUGCCACCGAGUGGCUGCCCUCCGCAUCCUGGGAUCGUUGCUCGCUCAAGAGGAGAGCCAGGGUCUCAAGGCAGCUGAGGAGGAGGCGGUUCUCGCCAUGAUCCUGCUGCUGAUCUUCCAUGACAUCUGCGAGAUGGGUCUAUCUACCCAUGGAACCCACCUGAAUGGGGUGAACUUCCUGUGCCGGAAGAUUGCAUCUGGCUCGAAUCUGUCCAACAGAUCCGACUCGAUUCAGUUCUUCUUGGCAGCAUUAGCCUGGCUAGACGUCCUCCGAGGCUUUAGCGGAGCAGAAAAGCUCACAUACUCGGACGACGUACGGAAAUUCGUCCUCGAGAACGGACGAGUCAGCCUCCACACCCUUGUGGGCUGCCCGCCGAGCAUCUUCCAACGCAUCGGGACCGUCCUCGAAGCCGCCAAGGGCUGGUUGGCGGGCACUGUGGCAAACGUAGAGUUCCACGCCGUACUACGGGAUGCGGACAAGUAUCUUCGCGAGCUGGAGCUCGACGAGGCCGAGUACCCGACGCAACACCCGGAAUGGCGGCAACUGGCCGAGGCGUACCGGCACGCGUGCCUGCUGCGGGUGAUGCGGUGGCCCGACACCUUCGCAGUCCCAUGCGAGGACCCUAAGAUCAAGGCAUCGGUGGCAGCCAUACUAGACGCGCGUGCCAACAUCUCGGCCAGCUCACCUUUCUCCAAGCGAAUGUUAUUCCCCUUGUUCCUCGCGGCGGCGGACACGACGGUCCCUCAUCAGCUGCACUACGCGUCCAUGUCGAUCAACGAGAUCAGGAAGUCGACAGGCUUCUCGCACCCGGCCAUGAAGACGGUCCUGGAGCACGUGUGGGAGGAGAGAAGGUCCAACACGAGGGGUUGGGCCAACGUUCCUUGGAUGGAGUGGGUUAGUAGCAGUUGCAUCCAACGCACCUUCCAUGUCAGCAAUGGCGAUGACGACUAG